AUGGAUAGCUUGAUAUCGAUUGGAAAUUUAAAGUUUACACUCUUGCCUCGGCUUUGGGCCAGCCCCGGGAUGAACGUACAUUCUUCCUGCCGCCUGCGCAGUCUGUGCGCAGUUGACUUGCCGAGUAGGCCAGUGCGCCCGGUUCUAGUCGUGGGUCUCGCAGGAAUUCACGAGGCUACACAAACGAAGCCAUUCUCAAUGGGCCUCACGCUACUCUGUCGAGACGAGGGGUCCACUUCACAGAUCGUCACCCAGACUCGUCCAUACGCCCCAAGCUGUCUAACCAUAGAGCUAACGUCUCCGCGCGUGCACUGUGAUGUUGCAUACCUCUAG